AUGUUCCUGUGGCGCUUGCUGGCCAAUAGGAUCCCGGUGGAUGUGAAACUGCAAUGGAGAGGGAUCUCUCUAGCUUCUAAGUGUAAAUGUUGUGAGAAACCGGGUGUGGAAACGAGAUUACACCUUUUCGUUAAUGGGAGUGCAACUAGAAGGGUUUGGCAGCAUUUAGCAAGGUGGUUCCCUCAGGUUCCGGUGUUUGAUGAAGAAGGAGAAAACAUUGAACUAAGGUUAAAGUGGUGGCAGAGGAACAUGGGUAUAAGAUCACAACAUCACCUCUGCGUUAUAAUCCCGUGUCUCAUCCUCUGGCACAUCUGGACAGAGAGGAAUGAGAAUGUUCACCGUGACAAGAACUUUGAAGUUGAGGAUAUCAUUAAGAGGGUCAAUUCACAACUUAGGAACCUCGUGUUAACUAAGUUAAUUGGUCAGGAUCAGUGGAAGGGUUGUUGUCCAAUGUUGGAUGUAGUGAUAGAUACAUGUGGUGGGGCUCGAAAGAGAAAGGUUGGUAGAGUUGAAUGGAGACCCCCGGAUCCUCUGUGGGUAAAACUCAACGUGGAUGGGGCUUUUAUUCAAGCAACACAAAAUGCAGGUGGUGGGGGAAUAGUGAGGAACCACGAAGGGGAGAUUCUGGUUGCUUUUGCGACUGGUUUCAAAUGUAGGUCUGGUCUUGAGGCUUAA